CCUGGAGUUCUGUUUCAAAAUGGCAUCAAUUGAAAUGGGACUGUGUGAUGCCUACUAGCUGGAGUUACCUCAACAACUGAGAAACUGUUAUCACAUCUGAAACUUUAUGUACUAAACUAAUUGUCUAUUGGAUGGUUUUUUUCUAUGAAGCAUUUGGGAUGGUUACUGAUGAAGAUUGUUAUAAGUGAAAUGACGUACGCAUCUGAAUGAAGAUGGUUUUGAAAUUGCAUUUUAAAUAUUUUUUUUCAUUCUCUAAUAUUUGUACAGUUUUGUAUCAAUGGUGAGAAAAAGGCAGAACACGCAUCGGACUUUGAAUGAGCGCAACUCCGCAUCGAUUUUGUUUGGGAAGUUUUGCCGCGGUGAAUACCAUGCUACCGAAUGUGCAUGAGAAGUGGACGGCAUAUCACUGGGGGAUAUGGGUUCUGAUGUGCGGAUUCCUGUGCGCUGCCGUGGUGAAUGGAUGUCCUCACAAAUGCAGUUGCUCUGGAUCUCAUGUGGAUUGCCAGGGUCAAGGCUUCAGGACCGUGCCAAAAGGAAUACCUAGGAACGCAGAACGUUUGGAUUUGGACAGGAAUAACAUCACCAGGAUCUCUAAAGUGGACUUCUCUGGCAUCAAGAACCUGCGAGUUCUGCACUUAGAGGACAACCAGAUCACCGUGAUUGAGAGGGGGGCGUUCCACGACCUCAAACAGCUGGAGAGACUGCGUCUGAACCGGAACAAGCUGCAAGUUCUCCCAGAGCUGCUGUUCCAGUCCACCCCCAAGCUGGGCCGUCUGGAUCUCAGUGAGAACCAGAUCCAGGCAGUUCCUCGUAAGGCUUUCCGUGGGAUCACAAAUGUCAAAAACCUGCAACUGGACAGCAACCACAUAAGCUGCAUCGAAGAUGGAGCCUUCCGAGCCCUCCGUGAUCUGGAGAUACUCACCCUCAACAACAACAACAUCACCCUCAUCCCUCUGUCUAGCUUCAACCACAUGCCCAAGCUGCGGACUCUACGUCUACAUUCUAACAAUCUGCACUGCGACUGCCACCUGUCCUGGCUGUCUGACUGGCUGCGGCAGAGGCGGGGCCUGGCCCCCUUCACCCAGUGCAUGGCCCCUGCCAACAUGAGGGGCCUCAACAUCCCUGACAUCCAGAAGAAAGACUUCACAUGUACAGGCCCAGCUCAGGUGAAGCCUCGCUCUCUCUCUCUGUCUGUCUCUCUCUCUCCCUGUCUCUCUCUCUCUGUCUCUUCCUGUCUCUCUCUCUCUCUCUCUCUCUCUCUCCACAACAGGCGCCUGAAUGACAAUGAAAUGUCCAUCCUGGAGGCUGUGGGGACCUUUAAGAAGCUCCCCAACCUGAGGAAGAUUAACCUUAGCAACAACAAGCUGCGGGACAUACGCGAGGGGGCCUUCGACGGAGCCGUGGAGGUCUUGGAGUUGCUUCUGACGGGCAACAAGCUGCAGGCGCUGCAGGGCCGAAUGUUCCGAGGGCUGACCGGACUCAAGACACUGAUGCUGAGGAGUAACCAGCUAGGCUGUGUGGACAACACCACCUUCACAGGCCUGAGCUCCGUACGCCUGCUGUCUCUCUAUGACAACCGAAUCUCCACCAUCACCCCGGGAGCCUUCACCACACUGCACUCCCUCUCCACCAUUAACCUACUGUCCAACCCCUAUGUAUGUGACUGUCACCUGGCCUGGCUGGGUUUGUGGCUGAAGAAGACCAGGGUUGUGAGUGGGAACCCUCGUUGUCAAAAACCUGCCUUCCUCAAGGAGAUCCCCAUCCAGGAUGUGGCUAAACCCGAUUUCACCUGCGACGGCACUGAGAAGAAUGUAUGUUUUCCAGUGUCAAGCUGCCCAGAGUCAUGCACAUGCUCAGACACAAUUGUGCGCUGCAGUAACCGGGGGCUACGCAUUCUGCCCAAGGGCAUACCCAAGGACACCACCGAGCUAUACCUGGAAGGAAACCUCCUGACAUCUGUUCCCAAAGAACUGUCCAGUCUGAAGCAGCUGUCUCUUGUCGACCUGAGCAACAACAGCAUCAACACUGUGGCCUCCAUGACCUUCAGCAACAUGACUCAGCUCGCCACUCUGAUCCUGAGUUACAACCAGAUUCGGUGCAUCUCGCUAAACACAUUCUAUGGGCUUAAAUCUCUGCGUCUCUUGACUCUCCACGGAAACGACCUUUCAACUAUACCAGAGGGAACCUUCAACCACCUUGACUCUCUGUCUCAUCUGGCUCUGGGUGCCAACCCCCUGUAUUGUAACUGUGACCUGCGCUGGCUGUCUCAGUGGGUGAAGGCUGGCUUCAAGGAGCCUGGCAUCGCCCGCUGUUCUGGACCACCUGACAUGGCCGACCGCCUGCUGCUCACCACACCGCUCAACCGCUUCCAGUGCAAAGGCCCAGUUGAUCUGAAUCUGAUGUUGAAGUGUGCCCCCUGUCUGGCCGGCCCCUGUCUGAACAAUGGCACAUGUGCCAGCGAUGUGUCUGGCUCCUACCAUUGCACCUGUCCCUUUGGCUACAAAGGACAGAACUGUGAGAUAUCCAUCAACGCCUGCAUCAGUUUCCCCUGUGCCAAUGGAGGGACCUGCCACGUGAUCCCAGGCCAAGAGGACCAGUUCAGCUGUACGUGUCCUCCUGGGUACGAGGGUCUGCAGUGUGAGGUGAAUCCUGACGAUUGUGAGGACAAUGACUGUGAGAACAACUCUACCUGUGUGGACAGCAUAAACAACUAUACCUGCUUCUGCCCCCCAAACUUCAUAGGGGAUCUAUGUGAGGAGGGAGUGGACCCCUGUAUGCAAGGCUUUGACCCCUGCCAGCAUGACUCCAAGUGCCUCCCCCUCACCAAAGGCUACAGGUGUGAGUGCCUACCAGGCUAUGUAGGCCAGCACUGUGAGCAGGACUACAACGACUGUCUGGAGAAUAAGUGUCAGCACGGGGCCGAGUGUGUGGACGCUGUCAAUGGAUACACCUGUGUGUGUAAAGAGGGCUUCAGUGGUCUGUUCUGCGAGAACCCUCCCCCUAUGAUCCUGCUGCAGACCAGCCCAUGUGACCAGUCAGAGUGUCAGAACGGAGCCCAGUGUCUAGUGAUGGCUGGGGAGCCUGUGUGCCGCUGUCUGCCUGGCUUCGCCGGAAACAAGUGCCACAAGAUUGUUACCGUCCACCUGCUGGGCAAAGAUGCCUACCUGGCACUGUCCAGCGCCAAGAUACGCAACUCUACCCACAUCUCCCUACAGGUGGCUACAGAUAAGGACAACGGUAUCCUGCUCUACAAGGAGGACCAUGAUCCUCUAGCCCUGGAGCUGUACCAGGGACACAUACGCAUAAUCUACGACAUCGCUAACUACCCGCUGACCACUGUCUACAGUGUUGAGUCUGUGAAUGAUGGUCUAUUUCACACAGUGGAGCUCCUGAUUCAGAACCACUCUCUGAGCCUGGUGGUGGACAAGGGAUCCCCCAAGAGUCUGGGCAAGCUGCCCCGCCAGCCCUCUUUGGACCACAGCACACAGCUCUACAUAGGAGGUAUACCCUUAGCGGUGGUGGCAUCAGGCUUGCGUUCAGGUCCCGACCGCACCCCCCAGGCCUUCAACGGCUGCAUCCACAAUGUCAGGAUCAACGGAGAGCUCCAGGAUCUGGGGGCAGCGCCACGCAGGGUGGAAGGCAUCCUGCCAGGCUGCCACUCCUGCAGUGUGUGUGCCCAAGGCCCCUGCAGACAGAGGGGGGAGACGGGUGUGUCCUGCGAGUGCCCACCCAGCCGCAGCGGAUCCCUCUGUGAUCAGAAGACUGCCCCCAGCCCCUGUCAGAGCAGCAGGUGUAUCCAUGGGCUGUGUGUGCCUAAGGCAUCAUCUUACAGUUGUCAGUGUGCUGAGGGCUACACAGGGCAGUACUGUGACAGGAGAGAGGAGCCCCAAGCCUGUAGGGGACACCAGUGUAGACACGGAGAGUGUAGGGUCACAGGGAGUGGGGAGCCCUCCUGCCACUGCCAGCCAGGCUACACUGGCCCUGCCUGUGCCACCGAUGUGACGUGCCAGGGAGAGGCGGUGCAUGAGCUGCUGAAGCGCCAGCAGCCCAUGAACACGUGCACCUCCACCAGUAAGAUCCCCCGGGUGGAGUGUCCCCGUGCCUGUGACGGGGGCCUCUGCUGCGCCCCAUCUAAGAGCCGGAGGCGGAAAGUGUUCUUCAAGUGCACCGACGGGAGCUCGUUCUCUGAGGAGAUUGAAGUCACCCUGGAGUGUGGCUGUGCCAAGUGCCCAUUGUAAUAUCCAGCUAUCACCAUGGAAACAGUCACAAACUAAAUAAAGGACCUGCUGCCAGAGACCAAAAAUAAAAUAUAUUGUAAAAUAAAACAUAGAACUUAUUUUUAUUAAUGGAUUUUUUUUUAAAGAAGAGACUUGAUCAUUUAAAAUAAAAUGUUUUAUAUUAUUGUGUCAUAUGAAGUUAUUUUGUACCUAAAAAAAAUAUAUAUAUAUAUAUAUAUAUAUAAAAAUUAACAUUCCUGAAAGUAUAUCAAAGUAUAGUGUAUUAUUGCAUGUGAUUGUACGUGUUGAUACGAUAGGGGAGUCUUUGGACACUUUAAAGGCUGCGAAGAGAAGGAGAAGAUGGUGCUGCAUCUCCCCAGACAUAAAAAAGAGAAAGGCAGUCUUUUUCCUGACCUUCAGCUCUGGAGGAGGCAAACAAGGAACUGUCCCACUUUGCUUCCCAGCUUUAUAACGGACCUUCCCCACCACCAAGCUAGCUGAGCUCACGCUAAAGGACAUUAACUCUUAUCCACAGAGCUUACAAACAGUGAUUUAUACUUUGUGCCAUAGGAAAACAUUUUACAUUGUUACUGAUUUGUAUUUGUUUGGUGUGCCACAUCAGAGAUUCUAGAGUACCAACGGGCCAAGAUGGCUUCUACAGUUUCCUGUCAGCCAGUGAAGUUCUCCUGAAAUUCUGUAACUGUGUGUUUCUCUGUGUUUCUUACAUGGUUGCAUGACAAACACAAAGAGUCUGAGGCAGAAUGUGAACUUUGUUCACGAUACGGCGACAGAAGACCCUGCCAAUAUACGAUGGUUCCACCAUAGAAAUAGGAUCCUAGAAUCCUGUAUAUUUUAAUAAUAGAAGGUAUUCUAUUUUUCUGACAAACUCAUGAAGUUUGUCCUGGUGUCCAGGUAUCAUCAGCAAGGGAAGGUGUUGCUGAUGUGUCUAUGUGGUCACUGCUCAGUUGGAAAAGGACCUUAUAACACCUGGCCUGGGAAAUCUUUGUUGGACUCGAAUCAUAACCGUCUGUUACUACUAACAUUAUUAAUUAAGCCCAUUAGUACCGGAUUGAAGUCAUCACAGGAUGUGAGGUCUCAUCACAGUCGUCCCCCUGUCAGUCAGAAUAUAUCCAGUAACACUUUGUUCAUUUUGAUUUGAUUAUAGUACAACAUCAGGACACUGCUUUAAUGUACCGUACAUUUCAAAUAAAGUGUUACCAAAUAUACCUCAAUUGAGAGUUUGUCAGUGAUCAAGUUCAGUACUCCCCUUACCCCCAGUCCCUCACCCUAGCAACUCCAAUGCCACCAUGCCUCAAAAACAUGACAUUGAAUGCUUCCGUAUGUAUGGAACGUGUAGGCUCUACAAUGUAAAUGAUCUGUUGUGAGAUGCCUUGUAUUCUAUAAUAAUAAUGAGUAUUAUGUUGGCCAUAAUAUAAGUUGCGUUCUCCAGAUAUAGAAUUUAUUUCUGGUAAAACACGAACUUGUGAAUGAUGAAUAAUUAUGUUGAAUGUUGAAAUUAAAUCUACCGUGAAACGAG